CCUCCCUCCGUGUCAGCGGCAGCCAUUUCUGUUGAGGCUCUGACGCCGAUUGGCUGCCUUCCUCCCCCGGCAGCCGGAAAGCGGAAGCGUGUGUUUACCGGUGAGCUGGCUGCUGCUGUGGCAGGAUGAUCGGGGACCUAUUGCUGUUCGGGACACUGCUGGUGAAUGCCGGAGCUGUGCUGAACUUCAAACUAAAGAAAAAAGAAUCCCAGGGAUUUGGAGAUGACCCUUCGGAGGCCACUGCAGGUGACAAUAUUCGAGAAUUUCUGCUCAGCUUACGCUACUUCAGGAUUUUUAUCGCCAUGUGGAACAUUUUUAUGAUGUUUUGUAUGAUUGUGUUGUUUGGUUCCUAAAUAAUCAUUGUGGACCAAGGAAUAUAUGUGGAUUUUUCAACCCUAUAACCUUCAACAAGCUCCGAUACUCGCCCUCAGACUCCAUAGAUAUCAUUCCGCCUAGUUUCUUUCCAGAUAAUGGUGAUCUGUAGAUUUCUAUAUUGGACUAUUCCGUGACAUUAGCACCAAAAUAUCAAUAGAGACAAUAUAUGGAAUUUCUGGCCAUUGCUAAAUAUAAUAGUAUUUUCAACUGCUGCCAGUAACGGAUAUGAUAUAUACAAGUGAUAUAUGAAAGUGUAUUUCAGAAGCACCAACAUUUCCCAUAUCUUAACCACUGGUGAAGGUCUUCCUGAAGAUGGCAGUAAAUGGUGAUGCCAGGACACAACUAGUUUGUUUCCGUGCAUUGAUGUCAUACAUUUUAUGUUUCCGACAUUACUCCACAUGUCUUAUGUAUUUGUCUUAUAAAAGAAGUCCACCUUACGAUGCUACAAGUCAGUGAUCUCAAAUGUUAACCCAUUAGUGACUGCCCAGAAGUAUUUUACAGUGGUCACUAUUGGGCUUUGAACCUGCAUAUACCGUAAGCCUUUUUACAGCAGUACAGGUUUAGCCCAACUGCUCUAACGGCUA